AUGUUCCGCGUUCGGCUAGAGAAUGACACCAUCAUCCUAGGCUAUAUUUCAGGAAAGAUACGGUCUAGUUCUAUACGAAUACUGAUGGGGGAUAGGGUCAAAAUUGAAGUAAGUCGUUAUGAUUCAAGCAAGGGACGUAUAAUUUAUAGACUUCCCCAUAAGGAUUCGAAGCGUAUCGAAGACUCGAAGGAUAGCGAAGAUUUGAAGGAUAGCGAAGAUUUGAAGGAUACCAAAGAUUCAAAGGAUUAG